GCGCGAGACUCAGCAGGUAGCGUGAGCGAACGGGGUCAUAGCAUUUAGCAUUCGCGCACACACGUACGAUACGUAAUCCAACCAGAGAUUAACGAAAAUCCCAACUUUGUUGUUUUCAAAAUGGUUUUCAAGCGCUCGCCCAUCACUUGCCCCGUGCACUCAAAAACCGUGUAAAAAACCGACCCCUGUAAAACAUCGCCUUACACAGUGCCUACACCGGGCCGCCGUGCUCGCGCGAGUGUCGGUAAUCGAGCCAGCGGUAGUAGUAGCAUCAGCAGCGACGAUAGCCACAGGAACUGCAGCCUGCGAGCUAUCUGUCAGUCGUUCAUCUGCAGAGGACGACGAGCCUGCGCGAGGAUGUCGGACAACGAAGAGGUUAGCUCGGACGACGAGGUCAACGGGGACGGGCCACCCAUGGCCUGGGUGCCCUACAGUCAGAGAGAGCAGUGGCGGGACGUCGUGCCGCUCGCACAGGAUGACGGGCCCAACCCCAUCGUCGCCAUCGCCUACUCCGAGAAGUGUGAGGACCCUCCUAACCGUCAUGUUUUUUCCGCUCCGAUAAUUAGAGAAACACACGACUACUUCAGAGCCAUACUGAAGGCCAAGGAAAAGUCUGAGCGCGCUUUGAACUUGACCGCCGACUGCAUUUGGCUAAAUGCAGGAAACUACACAGUAUGGCAGUAUCGGAGAGAAAUCUUGAAAGAGCUUGGAAUAGACCUUAAGGAUGAACUGAAGUUCGUUGAAGUAAUGAUCAAGUGCAAUUUUAAGAACUACCAAGUCUGGCACCACAGAAAAGUCAUUGUUGAGUGGAUGCAAGACCCCAGUGCUGAGCUCAAAUUUACCAGCACCAUUUUAGAGAAAGAUGCCAAGAACUAUCAUGCGUGGCAACAUCGCCAGUGGGUCAUAUCAACUUUUAAUUUGUACGAGAAUGAACUGAAAUAUGCUGAUCAACUUAUAACGCAAGAUGUGUGUAAUAAUUCAGCAUGGAAUCAGCGAUACUUUGUUUUAAAUAACACUACACAGUUUGAACCACAAGUUGUUGAUCGUGAAAUUGAUUAUACGCUCAAAAAGAUCUCAAAUGUACCUUGCAAUGAAAGCGCUUGGAACUACCUAAGAGGUAUUCUGAUGCACGAUAAGCAGGGAGGAGGUUUAGGUUUCAAUAAAAAAGUUCUAGAGAAAUGUAAGGAAUUGUAUGAUGAGGGCCUUAGAAUAAAUCAUCUUCUAGCUUUUAUCGUUGAUAUCUGUCAGGAAAGGCAUUCCUCUAAUGAUCCAGAAGAAUCUUUUUUCACCACCAAUAAGGCGUUCGAAUUAUGCGCAGAUUUGGCCGAGAAACACGAUAAGAUUCGCAAAAGGUAUUGGGAAUACGUAAGUCAGCAAUUGUCCGAAAAGUUAAAGUCUGCUACAUAGUUAUUGUCAAAUAAAGACUGCAGAUUACUUUUAAGUAUAAGAUGCUUAGGGUAACCAAAUCGUUGGUCUCUUUGGUGUACUUAUACUGACCUCUGAACUUUGUUCAAAGCAAUUCCACGUUUGCAACUUGACGUAGUCCUUACGUAUAGAAUACAAAAUAAAGAGUUACAUUUGAAUUUUACAUUUUUAUAAUUUGCGACUGUUGAUGAACUAAACCGUUUUCUAAGAUAUUUCUAAAUGUAAAUACAAAAAAGUCUACUUUUGAUAAUUUCUUGUAAAUAAUACGUAAGUUAAUAUAUGCACGUUUUAAAAAUAUAUUUAUGUAUUACGCGGUCAUUGAAUGGUAAUCAAAUCAAACAAAAAAGAAUUAAAUCAAUACAUACAUAUACAAGCAUUCGAGGAUACGUUAGAUGCAUCUGGUAAAGGCGGUUUUAUACUAUACUUUUUAUACGUCAGAAUUUUGUAAUGAUUAGAUAUAAUAAUCAACUCAAAUAAAUACAACACCUGAUAGAUGAUUAUUUGCAUCACUAUAAGUAAGGCCUACGUUAAAAAACGCAAUGCAGCACACCAAUGUAUACAUUUGUGAUUAAUUCAACAAAUUCAUUGCCAUAUAGAUCUAUACAAGCUUCGUUAAUUUUUACAAAAUGAUGAUGUAAAAAAUAAUAAAUGUUUAUAUAAUAAAAAAGUAGGUUUAUUUACCUGCAGCCUUAUUUUAUAUAAACAUGUUUUUACGGAAAGUAUUCGGGUUUAGAGAAAUACAAAAAAGAACAUGAGUUAUCUAUUUAUUUUUAUAAAAUAGUUACAUACUCCCAUUUAUAAUACAAUUUAAUUAAUUCAUUCGUUUUAAUUAAUAAUUACAAUGGAAACCAAUAGUUAACUAUAGGCUCUGGCGUAAACUAUAAUUAUGUAUAUCGACUCCGCAACGCCUUGAUGACAAUAAAAGUGCAUAUUAUCUAA